AUGUGCAUCUUCCCAACACUGGAACACAAAAUUGAAUUACUGAAAAACAUGGCUACUACUAUCCAAUAUUCUGUCCAAGAAGAAUCACUCAAACUACUCGAAAAUGGAAUUCUCAAAAACCCUCUGAUCAAGGGUCUCCCUGCCGAGAUUCAUAGUUUCAAGGACCUUGUUUCUUUCGAGGGCAAGCAAACACCAAGCAUCCCUGUUGUGUGGAGAUUUGCUGAAAGCAUCUCCUCCUUGAAAGCAUUUGAAGCAUUGAUGUUGAAUGUGUUGCUGGUGAGGAAAUACAAGAUUCCGCCUCCUCAGAUCAAGAUCAAUACAGACCAUGCUAGCUUGUUCGUCAUGUCCCCCUUGAAUGCUAGUCUGGUGGAGGAAGACGGCACAAGAAUCGGUGGCCCUGAAGCCGUGGUGAAACUGUUCCCUAACACUGACCACCAUCGAUCGCAAUUCUCCUUACAUCGCCAGCUGGUCACGAAUAUCUACAAGACAAAAGAUGAUCGCUACUACCACACCCACGGUUCGUGCUACCAGUUGACUGCGAGCAGAGGAGACGCAGAGCAAGAGGGUGACAGCAAAAUACGAUCUGAUGUUGUGUUUCAUGACCCUUUACUAAUGGUGACUGUACUCACAGGCAGCUUGAACCCCGAGCCCACAAUGACUGCCCUGGGUAUCCAGCCCGAAGGAGUCGAUGGCGAAACAUAUGACGAUAUCGUGAGUCGGUACCAGGCCGCAGUGGAAAGGUUCACAGCCACAGAGCUCGAUACUCUGAUGAACGACCAAUACCGCAAAGCAGGCACAGUGGCCUGGACCCCCGAAGAAUAUUUUGCCAGCGAGCAUGGAAAGGCAAACGCCCACAUCGAUCUUUACACAAUUGAUAAGGAGGAAACCCAGAAUCAAGGCCCUUCCUGGUGGCCAGAAGUCCCUGAGACAUCCACCCAACGACCUUUGGCCGGCCUUAAAGUCAUUGAUCUGACAAGAAUCAUCGCCGGUCCUUGUAUAACCCGCAGCUUGGCUGAAAUGGGCGCCCGUGUGAUGCGUGUGACCGCAGAACACAUCGAUGAUAUGUCAGCUCUGCACCAUGACUUGAACUGGGGGAAAUGGAAUUGUUACCUUGAUCUUCGUUCCGCUGGUGACAGGGAGAAGCUGAGGAAAUUGAUAUCCGAGGCUGAUGUCGUGGUUGAUGGGUACCGACCUGGCGUCAUGGGCAAAUGGGGUUUCGGCCGGGAAGAUAUCUAUGCAUUGUGCAAGGAUCGUGAAAGAGGUGUUAUUCACGUUAGAGAAAACUGCUAUGGCUGGAAUGGCCCCUGGCAAGGCCGAAGUGGCUGGCAGCAAAUCAGCGAUGCUUGCUGCGGUGUCUCUUAUGAAUAUGGAAAGGCGAUGGGUGUUGCCGGAGCUGUGACGCCAGUUUUCCCCAAUUCCGACUACUGUUGCGGCGUUUCUGGCAGUGCUGCAGUUCUUCAAGCAUUAUGCAAACGGGGCGAGAAAGGAGGCUCUUACGGAAUUGAUGUCUCUCUCAACUACUACUCACAGUGGCUUGUCAGGUCAUGUGGCAAAUACCCUGCCGAAGUCUGGUCUGAGCUCUGGAAAUCCACUGGCUCCUUGACCUUCCAACAUUAUCACGUCAUGAUAAAUAUGAUCCGCCAGGUAGGCAAGGCAAUGUACGAGUACAACGCUGCGACACUUCUUCAGCCUUCGUUCUUCGAGAUUAGAAAAUCUGGAGCUCUGGGGCAAUUUAUUCGCACAAUCAAACCGGUUGCGCAAUUUCCCAAUGGCGAGGUCACAUUAGGCUUUGGGAUCGGUACGCGGGGAAAUGGAGUCGACGAGGCUGUUUGGCCUGAGGAUAUGAAUGUUGAGAUCGUUGUAUAA